AUGCGGCAGGAGACGGAGUAUCAGAUCAUGGACUUCCGCAUAAAGCAAGCAGAGCUUUGGCGAGAAGAUGUCCGUGAUAUCAUCGGACUAACAUCAGUGAAAAUGGACACCUAUUUGAUCGUGAAUGCAGUGCAGUUAGGCUUCACGGUUAUGGCAUUCUGUGAGGGCCGCCUAGCCAGUGGCACCCCUACAUGGCUGGUGGGCUGUCACACCUUAUCCUUAGCAGGAGCAUUUAUGUACCUCCUCAUGUCAGUUUGGUUCUCAAUGCAUGCCUCGAUCACUGCCAAGAGCUAUGAAACUCGUCUCCUGACGCAGCUUGUGCGAUUGCCAGUCCCCUCCUGGACACAGCUCGAAGGUGCCAGAACGUAUGGUUCCACCUUUGAGAAGACCAACACGAAGCAGAUGUUUCGAGUCCCAUUUGUGACCCGGUACUAG